AUGCAAGCGCCCGCAUUGCCGGCGUCUACCCCGCGUCGUCUUCUCCAAAAUUCCGGAGCCUUCGACCACCUGCGUUUAUUACUCGAUCUGCCUCUUUCCUCAACAUCACCGACAACGAUGGCAGUCCACCCCGAAGUCCUUUGGGCACAGCGCAGCUCAGAAACCGACGAUUCAAAAAACGUCCUCUAUAUCACCGUGAACCUCCCCGACGUCAAGCCUGAGACCCUCGAGUACAACCUCACCUCCACAUCGAUCUCCUUCAAAGCAAAAGCGGGCAAUGCCGAGAAGGGACUAGAGGAGCGGGAUUACGCGUUCAACCUCGACUUCUAUGGCGAAGUCGUCCCCGAGGAAUCACACAAAAGUCUCUCGAGCCGCUCGCUCACGCUCGUCCUCCGCAAGAAGGAGAAGCAGGCCGAGUAUUGGCCGCGCCUCAUGAAAGAGAAAAUCAAGACGCCAUUUGUAAAGACUGACUUCAGCAAAUGGGUAGAUGAGGAUGAGCAGGAUGGUCAGGGGACUGUAGUCGAUGAGGAUCUUGACAUGGGUGGCAUGGGUGGAAUGCCGGGUAUGGGCGGCAUGGGUGGAAUGCCAGGUAUGGGUGGUAUGGGCGGAAUGCCAGGCAUGGGUGGUAUGGGUGGCAUGGACUUCGAGCAGGCGAGUGAUGAGUUUUUGUCCCCUCCUAUGUGCUUCGGGGCUCAUAGUACCCUAGAUGAUGAAGUCGAUGGGAGAGAGCGGUGCAGGCGACUUGGGCGAUGCGGGUCCGUCUGGCGCUGA